AUGGUAAUUCCAGACCACACUAAACUUGAGCCCGUUGCUAACAUUAUCAACCGGUUCGAGGAGGGAAGUGACCAGUCACAACCACCUCCACGACCUCGAAGCCCUGGAAGACUUAACAUAACUCCCGGACAAUUUGACGGAACCGGCAAUACUACCAUUUCCACUACUAGUACUACUCUUUCAAAGGAACAGAAUGUUUCGGUAGAAGAAUUUGGUGAUAAAAUUGUCGUGGAGGAGUUCGAAACUAAGGAUAAAGAAACUGUUGUUCUCCCUAGCGUUGUUCCUGCGCUGAAUGAACCAACUCCCGAAAUAACUGAAAUAACCAAUAAUGUUCAGGUUGAAGUUUCCACUAGCGAAGUUGAAAUUAACGUAUCCGAAGAGAGCGUUAAACAAUCGCUUUCUGAUGAGGUAAAAGAAAAUACUGAGAAAGUAGUAGAUGAACAUAUCAAGGAACAUAUUGUGGCAGCCGAUGAAGAAGUCAAAGCAACAACAACUCCACCAGCAAAAUCAACUGUUAAUAAUAAAUCAAGCGCUACAACCGCAGGCACCAAAAAAGUAGUAAAAAAGCCUUCAACAACUGGCAUAUCUGGAGCUACAAAAAAAACCACCACUACUACUGGUGGACAUAAAUCUUCGUCUAGCAGCACAUCAGCAACAAAAUUAAAUCCAACUCAUGCUAAAAAACCCAGUACUUCGUCACUAAAUUCUCUCAAAUCCAAUAGUAGUAGUAGUAGUUCCGCUAAUAGAUCUAGAUCACCAAGUGUUAAAUCCACCACUCCAAUUACAACUGGGAGUACUGCGUCGAAAAUUAAAACAUCCACCGCAACCACGUCUAAACCCGCCGCACGUACAACUGCAACUGUUAAGAAAGUUGGAGGAGCUUUUGCUGAUAAAAGUAAAAUAGCACCAACAGCUACGGGUUCAUCAAAAUCCACUUCUUCAAAACCCGCUCCUAAAACUACUUCCACAUCAAAAACAACAACAAAUGCUACUACUACUAAAUCUUCCACUACUACUCCUCCUAAAGCAAUAACAAGACCAACAACGUCUACCGCUACUACUAAAUCAACCAGACUUAACCCUUCGGUUAAAAAAGAACCUCCAAAAACAACAACAGCGUCAAAGAAAUUACAAGAGUCAAAACCAACCGUUAAAAAAUCCAAAGACGAUAAAUUAUCAACUUCUACAAGCAAAGAUAGUAAAAGCAAAGUGAAACCACCUGUUAAAUCAGUUGCCUACGAUGAAUCUGAAGGUUCAAAAAAACCAGAAAUCAUGGAUGAUCAUCCUCACGAAGGUUCAGAUUCACACGCCGGCAAAGAUUCCGAGGAAGAAUCAAAUUCACAAGUUUCUCACGAAAAAGAAUCAAUCGCUGAUCCCGAAGAAGUUCACAACCAUGAUAGUCAUACUGAUCAAACUUUAUCUCAUCCUCACGAAGGUUCAGAUUCACACGCCGGCAAAGAUUCCGAGGAAGAAUUAAAUUCACAAGUUUCUCACGAAAAAGAAUCAAUCGCUGAUCCCGAAGAAGCUCACAACCAUGAUAGUCAUACUGAUCAAAUUUUAUCUCAAUCUUCCUCGGUGAUCGAAACCAGUCAAGAACAUGAAGACCAUGUGUCAGCAGUUGAUGAAGACCGUGUUGAUUCUCACGAAGACCAUGCGGAUUCUCAUGAAACCCAUGAUGUGUCGGCACUUGGUUCGCAUGAAACUCAUGAAGAAGAAAUUUCAACUGUUGAUUCCCAAGAAGCUCGUGAGGAAGAAGUUGUUUCUGGUACUGAAAGUCACGAGAUUCACGAAGCAUCCGAUGUCGAUAAUCACGAAGAAGAAAAUACUAAAGAAGUUUCUACUCAUGAAUUAACGACCUCUACUAAUAAUGAAGCAGCUGUUGGAAACGUCAAGAAAAUCAUAGAAUCUCACACCGAAUCUCACGAAACAGGUGAAACUCAAGUUAUCACCGAAACAACCGAAACAGUUGUAAUUAAUAAUAUUGGAUAG